GUGUCUGCCCCGGCCCGGUGUCUUCCUGGAACCACCAGCAGAUCCGCACAAAGGCGCGUGGCAAUGAGUAUCAGCCAAACAACCGCAAGCGCAAACGGACCCACGGCUGGAUCAAGCGCAUCAGCACGCCGGGCGGCAUCGAGGUCAUCCUCCGGCGCAUGCUGAAGGGCAGGAAGUCUCUCAGCCACUGA